AUGAGACCUCUGGCUUGGUACAUCCCAACCGCGCUUCUGUUUGCGACUGCAGCUCUUGCAAACACAGAAAAGACCAUCUUCAUCGCCCCGUCUGCCAUCACUCUCCCCGAUGCAGAGCCACAGCUGGAUGCUCUGAAUCUCGACACCCUCACUUACAGCCACUCCAAACUGCGGAGAUCACUCAACGUCGCCUUUCCUAGCGAAGAAGCUGCCAGAGGCCUUGAUUCCUGGUAUCUGCUACGAGGCUUAAACGAAGGACAGCGGUACGAGGUUCGCAUUUGCUGGGCUGCUAUUCAACCGACGGAGUUCUGGCUGAACGUCUACAACAUCUCGCAUGUGUUCGAUUCUCCAUAUCUGAUUCAGAGCCUGGCCGGAUUUGCCGAGUUGCAAGUUUCACAACCCCCAGCCGAAGACAACGCAUUGAAGCCUGAAUACUCAACUGGGACUAUCUUGUUCCUUCACGUUCAAGCUGCCGCCGACUACUUCACCACCAACAAGACUUUGAUGCAGCACCCUGAACCUGUGGACGUCGACAUCAUUCUGGACCCCUAUCUGGCAAACGUUCUUCCGGUCUCUCUGCUUUCCACGGCGGCCUACAUCAUCGUCCUAGCCGUUGUCGCUUGGUUCGUCUCAGACAAGAUUGCCAGCUUGUUGAAAACCGAGCAGCACAAGCAGCACGCAGAUUGA